UUAUUUCCCAUUUACCUUGUUAUUCUUUUAUGUUAAAAUUAUUUAUUCUCUCUUAUUUAGUGAGACCAGUAGUUCAGUCAUCGGUACCACAAGUUCGUCUUCAAACAGCCACUGUAACUAUUCCUGGUUUGGGAACUGUUGUUACAGCUCCUGUUGUUUCUGCAUCUGCACCAGUCAGUGUAACUGGACAAGCCCAACAAAUUACUAAUUCAAAUCAACAAUCUGGCACAACACAAGCAUCAUCGAUAGUGACAACACAAACUACAGUUCAGCAGACACCAAAGAAAUUGAGCAAUUCUACUACCACAUGUGUUAAUGUUAUACAGUCUAAACAAACUCCAUCCAAAGUUCCUUCUUUAAAAUCUGCAAAUAAUUCUCCUCAAGCAGAUGCUACAACUCCAACAAAAUCUCCAACAUCGGGCAUGUUGUCACCACCAAAUUCUCCUCAGUUUGUCCUUACUCCUGCAAUUACGCAACAAAGUAAGAAAAACAUUAUAUUUUUUAAAAUUAAAUAGUAUUCA